AUGGACUCGCAGAACUCGGCCCCAGUCCAACAGGGUAACGAGCAACCAGUCCCCGCCACGCCUCCAUCCAAGAAGAGAAGACUGCGUUUGUUGGACGAUGGGCAGGAAAGAUACGACGCGUCGAAUCUUGUUCCGCGCUUUACUUCUGUCGAAGAUGUCCCCGAACAUCUUCAAAAAUAUUUCGCCCAAAGGAAUCGAUAUUUCUCGUUAUACGACCGAGGCUGUCUCUUAGACGAAGAAGGCUGGUACAGCGUCACGCCUGAAAAAAUUGCAGAGCAAAUAGCCGAACGAUGUCGAUGUGACACCAUCCUGGACGCAUUCUGUGGUGUUGGAGGAAAUGCAAUUGCGUUCGCCAAGACGUGCCAUCGCGUCAUUGCCCUUGACAACUCUCCUACCCGGUUAGCGCUAGCACGACAUAAUGCAGCCAUCUACGGCGUCCAAGAUAGAAUCGAGUUUGUUCUUGCCGAUUAUCUGGACUUUGCACGUACCUAUGCUAAGCGACCUCCAGAGAAGCGAUCCAUAGACGUUGUCUUUUUGAGUCCUCCAUGGGGUGGGCCAUCUUACCUGACUGACUCCCCGCAAAAAGAAAAGACAGAAGCAGACGUACUCCAGAGCUUUUACUCACUGCAGUUGAUUCGUCCCGUUCCAGGUGAUGAACUUUUCCUUUGUACACGGCAGAUAACAGGCAAUGUCGCUUACUUUCUACCCCGCAACGUGGAUCUCGAAGAGGUAUCGGGCUUGCUAAGACGUACGUCCGCGGGUGAACUUGUUGAAGUGGAAGAAGAAUAUAUGGGCGGAAAGCUGAAGGCUGUUACAUGCUACUUCGGCGGCCUUGUCGCCGGGCAAGAGAGUCUUUUCUAG